AGUAAAGCCGCUCUGAUGAUCACGUCUCCUUACGCCCAAGUGAACGAGGACGUAGCCGAAAUCUUUACUGAAGUCAGUCAUUCUGGACGAAGACAAAGGGGGUCUACACCUGAGCAAAGAAGAGCAAAACGAAUGACAAACUGGAUACACCAUUUUACGAGAAACUAUCACAACAACUACGCGUUUUUAAAUAUCUUACCGUUAUGGAUUUUCCUUACUGACUUUUGGUCUGCGGCCAACGGAUGACUUGACAAUUCUGUCAAGUGACAGAGGUAUCGCUUAAAUAUUUAUUCCACAUACCGUUGAUGUUUAUUAUACCAGCCGACACGCAUUUCGCGAUGGCAUGAGACGGCAGGCACUGCGCUUAAGUGCAGUAAGUCAACUUGUUCAUUUUGCACGGGAAAACGGGCUGAGCCUACUGUCUCGGCGACGCACGACAUAGGCAACAUCAGAGAAUGACCAAAGACCCUAGUGUAAAGGAAUAGAUAUCACAAGGAAUUAUUCAGCUUUCUACAUUCAGUCCAUUCAUCCAUAAUAUCGCAUGAAGGACAGUCAUUCUUUACUCUUUCAUGGACAAAGUGGAUUUUACAACUCGAUCAAUAGACCCUUUUUCUCACCGCGCUGUACUUAAGCUGGUGUUUGUAUAGAGAACGGUGAUUUUGGGGAAUACGAACAAAAGGUGUCUGUGUCCACCUUUUUGACGAACUAAAAGCCGCACGAUUGAACUGGCGUGGGUUUUCGAAUAACUUGAAAGGAAGAUGAUAAAGUUUAUCACAAAAGUGGUCUGUUUUGUGGCGUGCGUACUCUCCAUCCGCUGUACACCGGCCCCCGAGACCCAGACGGCGUCCCAGGAUACCUGCGCUUCUUGCGGAAUCGGUCAGACGGAGGAGUCGAGGAGGAUGGACAUAGAUUUUUUGGAGGCAGUGAAAAGGCAUAUUCUGAACAGGUUACAGAUGAGGCAGAGACCCAACAUCACCCACCCCAUCCCGAAGGCGGCGAUGGUGACUGCGUUACGGAAACUUCACGCGGGGAAAGUAAGGGAGGACGGGAGAGUGGAAAUCCCAAACCUUGACGGACACGCGAGUUACCACAACGAGGUGGAGGAGGAAACUUCAGAGAUCAUCAGUUUCGCGGAAACAGACGAGCUGGUGUCCUCCAAGUCGAGCCUCUUCUUCGUCAUCUCCAACGAGGGCAACCAGAACCUGUACGUGUCCCAGGCCAGCCUGUGGCUCUACUUCAAGCUGCUGCCGUCCACGUCGGAGAAGGGCCCGCGGCGCAAGGUGACGGUCAAGGUCUACUUCCAGGAGCCGGGCCUGAGCAGCAAGUGGAACCUGGUGGAGAAGCGCGUGGACCUCAAGCGCAGCGGCUGGCACACCUUCCCGCUGACCGAGGCCGUCAAGCUGGUCUUCAGCAAGGGCGACCGGCGGCAGAACCUGGACAUCCGCUGCGAGGGCUGCGAGGAGUCGGGCGUGGUCCCGGCGCUGGUCAACCCCGCCGACGAGUCGCACCGGCCCUUCCUGGUGGUCCAGGCCCGCCUGGCCGACAACAAGCACCGGAUCCGCAAGCGCGGCCUGGAGUGCGACGGCACCAACAGCCUGUGCUGCCGACAGCAGUUCUACAUCGACUUCCGGCUCAUCGGCUGGAACGACUGGAUCAUCGCGCCGUCCGGCUACUUCGGGAACUACUGCGAGGGCAACUGCCCGGCCUACAUGGCCGGCGUGCCGGGCUCGGCGUCGUCGUUCCACACGGCGGUGGUCAACCAGUACCGCAUGCGCGGGAUGAGCCCCGGUUCCAUGAACUCGUGUUGCAUCCCGACCAAACUCAGCACCAUGUCCAUGCUCUACUUCGACGACGAGUACAACAUCGUCAAGAGGGACGUGCCCAACAUGAUCGUAGAGGAGUGCGGCUGUGCUUGAGUCUUAUUUCAAAAAGAGAAAAAAAAAAAACGAAUCAAAGCGAAGAAACACACAAAAAACGAAACUGAGGGGGAGGGGGUGGGGACUCACGUUGGACUUUUGUACACAGAAAAUAAUAUUGCAAGAAUAAUUAUAGUAACAAAGUAAUAUUUAUGAACAUUUUCUUGAACACCAGCACACACAGUUGACCACGCUUAUGGGCACAACCACAGGUGCCACACACACACACACACACACACACACAUACACACACACACGCUCAAAUGCAAACACACACGUCAUGCACACAGCUAUACAAGCAUGCACAGAACAUUGUGUACAUAUUAUUUAUGUUUGUUAAUAUUCCUGGUAGAAGCAUUUAUCAGUUCUGCCAGCUUGUGAUUCAGUCGAGUUUUAUAAACAAAGGUUUGUAAAAUAACUUAGGUCACAAUGUUUAAAGGGAUGCAGAAGAGGUGGUGAUUUAUGAGUUUGUAUCGUUAAUCUUUUAUUUUAUUUUAUUUUUAUUCAAUAUUUGCCAUUUUGUCUUUUCUUGUAUUCAAAAAAUGGAGAAUUCUCACAUGCUCUGACAAAAGACAGAAAAAAGAGCCUUAGACAACCAGUAAGGGAGGUCUAUUUGGACUGCCAAAACCAACCCUGCCUCUCUCCAAAUAGUAUCUCUGAGAACCAGCCCAAGACCUACGUGAAAGCACUGACCACCGCUACGUCCAACUAUACAGCACUUCUGAAAAGCAAUACUGAUGUAACUACACUUCCCGUGAUAACAAUUACUUCUAGCAAAAAAACAAAACAAAACAAAAAAACUCUUCUCUUCUCUGCACAAUAGUCUUGCUGUACUCACACCAUACAAAUUCUAUUUUUCGCUUUUUUUUACCAGUGCAUGCUCUUUAAAACCAAAAGAUAUCAGGAUUGCAAAGAACCCCCCCACCCCCAAUAAUCAUGUUUCUCAAAUCUGCAGCAUUGACCAACCUCUGAUGUGUCAGACAGACAGACAGACAGACAGACAGACAGACAGAGCAGCCAGAAGACACUGAUGGAGACCCCUUAUGACCUUAGUGAGAGCUUCCCCCAUACAGCUGUAUGCUGUGAGGUUAGCUCAGACAGCAAGCUAGAUGCCUGUGGCCCCGGAGUGUGCCGCUAUGAGCCACCUAGCGUAGCGGUGCCACUUAGCGUAGCGGUCCGCCCUCGACCCUGCCCCCUCGGGCCCUCACACAACUCAUCAGAACAUCAGCGAAAAACAAAUCAGAAGUACUUCAACAAACAAACAAACAAAACUAACCAAUAACAACAAACAAAAACAAAUAAAUAAACUCACUCGUCUCAAGUUGCCAUACUACUUAGCUGGCUAUGGUGCAGCAUAGCACUUGUAGAGAUGUCCUAAAUGCACACUUUUGAAGCACUUGCAGAUUAAAAUGCCUUUCAGGGGCAACCUCCGGCCCACCUGGCCUCGCUUUCACAAUCCCUUUGAAGAAAGAAAAACAAGUGCCGCAUGAGCUAUGCAAUCUAUAGUGUUGACCAUAGAUAUUAAAAAGCUAGACACCGCAUUGGGCUCCAGAACGUACGUAAAUAGCGCCGCCAUCUUGGUGAGGGCAUCAAUCACUGGAGGCCAAUGGAGAAGCAGGUGUCUCUGAUUACCAGCAUGAGUAUCUCCAUAGACAGUAAGGUGUUUCCCUCAGCAAUAUGGCGGCUGCAUUUACGUAUGCCACCCAAUAGAACUCGAUGGACAUGCGGUGUCUAGCUUUCUGAUAUCUAUGGUGUUGACCCAUACGAGACAAACGGAAAUUUCUAGUCCUAGUUCAUUAACUAUUAUCAAUACUUGAAAUGUUCUCGUUCGCUUUCAUCGUUCGAAGCGAAUGCUUGUUACAAUGUUUGCACUGAAAAAAGGUUGCGUGAUUAGUAAUAAAAAAAAAUGAAAAAAGAAAAAAAAGAGAAACUGCCAUUGAUAAAAAAAAGUUAUUUUUAUAGAAGCAAAUUGAAUUCUGUUCAAAUGUAUUAUACCUAAUCAAGGAACCAAAGAGGGGAGGCUAGCUAUUAUAGCUGUUAUGGGAUGGCCUGGCCAUUGCAUUAUUUUGUAAAAUACUUUGUGAUCAUGUAUGAGGCCUGAAUACUCGAUCAGGGUACUAUAUUAUGGAUUCCGUUUUCAGCUUUUUUUUGUUUUCUUCAUUUUUAUUUUUUAUUUUGUACAGUAGACAAAUGGAAUAUUUCAUAUUUUUGUCAUCAACUUUAAUAUUUUUCAGUUUUCUAUUUAAUAAAAGUUCUUUUAGUUCUUGUUCCAGAAUCAUUUUAGGAUCAAAUACAUGUCAUCUCUGUACAGCUUGUGUCAAUAAAAAAUGCUUUUAA